CAAUUCCGAUUGACCUGUCUCGAAAAUUAAUCGUUCAAGUUUUGGCAACUUGAAAUUCUCUCCCCACGCAAAACUUGGUAUCGUUUUUUACGUAAGAACGUACCAUCGCGUUUCUAUCUUUAUAGUAUACUUUCGCGUUUAAUAUGGGUACAGGAACUGGCGUUUGUCAAACGGAUUCUGUGGAGACUGUCGACUUUGGCCUAGAUAACAGUUGUGCGGUUUCGUCAGCGAACAAAGAUUCUCUAACACUCCGUAAACAGCUCAAACUACAAGGCGUUGAGGCCCUGUUCUUUGAUUGCGACGAUACUUUGUAUCCUUCUUCUUGCAAGGUUUCGGAACAGGUCAGGAAAAAUAUUCAACUAUAUAUGAAGGAAAAACUCCAGAUUCCAGAUGACAAGGUUCUUGACUUGCAACACUCGCUUUUUGUGGAAUACGGAACCACCUUAAGAGGUUUACAAGAGUUGUAUGCUAUCGACCCUUAUGAAUAUUGGUCCUAUAUACAUUGGUCUCUUGACUAUGAAUCUCUGAUAAAAAAAGACUCUUCACUUCGAAAUAUUUUGCAUUCGUUACCUUUCAGAAAGUUUGUUUUCACAAACGCUGACAAGAUUCAUGCACAGAAGUGUCUUCAAGCUUUGGAUAUUCCGGAGGAGACAUUCGAAAAAAUAAUUGACGUAGUCGCCGUUGGUUUUAAAAAUAAACCUGACCCAAACUCGUUUUUGACCGCGCUUAAAAUUGCAAACGUCGAUAACCCGUCGAAGGCUCUCCUAUUUGAUGACUCUGUUGUAAACCUUCAAGCUGCGAAGAACAUGGGAUGGCAUGUUGUCGCUGUUGGUAACUCCUCUGUGGAUGCGAAGGACUUCUGUGACGCUUGGAUUCCCUCAAUUCAUCACGUUCCUUGUAUAUUAUCAAAGUAAUUUAUCUUCUCCCAGUUAUUCCGAGUAAAAAUUUUGUUUCGGAG